AGGUUUAUGUUUUUUUAUUUUCCUCCUUCCUUUUGGGCCAUUGAAUGCAGAUGCUCCCACUUUUCGCAGAUAACUAAGUUCGUUUGAAACAGAUAGGAGGAUUCACUCUGUCAAUGGCAUCAGCAGCAAAUUCCAUAAUCUCCCUAAACAGAACCUUAAGCCUCAGUUUCCCAUCGCCAAAGCUGCGAAACACGCACCUUCAUCGUCCCUCCAAGAUUACUCUUCCCCCAAUUCAACUUCAGUACCACAAUCAAUGGUACCAACCAACUUUGCUCGUCUCUUUCGUCGCCAAAACCAGCUUACCUGAUGUUCAAGUUCCCACCACCACCACUACUGCUAAUUCAUGGUCAGAAUUUGCCAAAAACGUGUCCGGUGAAUGGGAUGGACAUGGAGCUGAUUUCACAAAUGAAGGAAUCCCAAUUGAACUUCCUGAGUCUGUUGUACCUGAAGCUUAUAGAGAGUGGGAAAUUAAGGUUUUAGACUGGCAGACCCAGUGCCCCACACUGGCUCAGCCGGAGGAGAAUUUCAUGUUUUACAAAACAAUAAAACUACUCCCCACUGUUGGAUGUGAAGCAGAUGCCGCAACUCAGUAUAGCAUUGACGAGCGAAAAAUUGGAGGUGAGGUCAGUGAAGUUUCUGCUUUUGCAUAUCAGUCUAGUGGCUGUUAUGCGGCUGUUUGGCCAGUUGGGGAUAAUGGUACAUAUAAAUUAUUGGAGUUGGAGUAUUGCUUAAUCAAUCCUCGAGAUCAAGAAUCUCGUGUGAGGAUAAUUCAGGUUGUUCACGAAGAGAAUAAAAAGAUGGUAUUGAAAAACAUUAGAGUUUUUUGUGAGCAGUGGUAUGGACCAUUUAGAAAUGGUGAACAGCUUGGGGGAUGUGCAAUCCGUGAUUCUGGUUUUGCAGCUACAGAUGCAAUGAAAGCUUCAGAGGUGGUUGGUGUCUGGCAGGGUCCUAGUGCUGUCGCCUGUUUCACCAAUUCUCAAAAUAAUACUCCCCAAGAACUGUUAAGUGGCAGUAUGCAGAAGUCGAUGAGAGAUGAACAGGGUGUAAUAUUGCUUCCAAAGCAGUUGUGGUGUUCACUAAAAGAAAGUGAAGAUGGUGGAACGUUCUGUGAAGUAGGGUGGUUAUUUGAUCAGGGACAAGCUAUUACAUCAAGAUGCAUCUUCUCAAAUGAUGCCAAAUUGAAGGAAAUGUCACUAGCUCAACAAACACCAAUUUUGGAGAGUGUUUAGCAAACAGCGUGGCGUUACCAUUCAAAUUACAUAUUACCCAGAAAGUUACUAUCUUUUACGUAAAGUAAAUGGAUCACUUGUUUAUGGGGAUUGCCCAAUAAGCCUAGAAGAGAUUCAGUCAAUGAAAAGAACCCGUCAUCAAAAUUUGUAUCAUACCAGGUGAAAUUUAGCAGGCGUUAAAUAGGAUAAACCGGUUCUGCUGUACUUCUGUAAUCUUCUUUUCUGAUGUAUUCAAUUCAUAAUUAAUGACCAUCAAUUUAUAAAAUCUUCACAUUCUUCAA